AUAGUGCUACAAAUAUUGCAUGAACAAUAGUACAUUCAAAUGAAAGAACAUAGUUGUUCAAUUUUACAGAGUACUUCUGCACUUGCGCAAGUGAGCUCCUCUCCAGCUCCAGCCUUGGCCUCCUAUCCAGCUCCAGCUCCAGCUGUGGCCUCCUAUCCAGCUCCAGCUUCAGCCUUGGCCUCCUCUUUAGCUCCAGCCGUGGCCUCCUCUCCAGCUCCAGCCGUGGCCUCCUCUUCAGCUCCAGCUCCAGCUGUGGCCUCCUCUCCAGCUCCAGCUUCAGCCUUGGCCUCCUCUUUAGCUCCAGCCGUGGCCUCCUCUCCAGCUCCAGCUCCAGCUGUGGCCUCCUAUCCAGCUCCAGCUUCAGCCUUGGCCUCCUCUUUAGCUCCAGCUCCAGCUCCAGCCGUGGCCUCCUAUCCAGCUCCAGCCGUGGCCUCCUCUUCAGCUCCAGCUCCAGCCGUGGCCUCCUCUUCAGCUCCAGCUCCAGCUGUGGCCUCCUCUCCAGAAGUUCCAGUGGCAUUUUCUUUACUCAGUCCAGACACAGAUAUUUAUAUCUCGGAUGAUGAAGAUGAGUAUGAUGUUGACCUCAAAUCAUUGUUAAAUACAAUGUUAAAUAAAGUGGAUUUUAUGGCUGCACCCAUUUCCAACCAAAUCAAUGCAACCCGAUGCAACAUCCUAGACAGUGGUAUCAGAGCCUUCCGACGCCAACGUUUUAACCCUGAGGCAAAACUAGACGUUGUUUUCAGAGAUGCUGAUGGGAUUGGUGAGGGAGCAGCUGAUGAGGGUGGACCUACAAGAGAAUUUUUAACUUUGCUGAUGAGGGAAAUCCACUCAUGUGAAAUAUUUGAUGGAGAGGACUGGAAAAAAACACUUGCCUGCAAUUACAAAGCACUGUACAAUGGAAUAUACAAGCUAGUUGGACGGAUGAUAGCUGUGUGCCUGGUACAUGGUGGUGUGGAGCCACAUUUUUUUCCGGAAAGACUGUUUUGUCAGGUGUGCAACCUUCAGCCCCAGUACCAGACCUUCAAGAGAUUGUGGACUACGACUUCAGAGCAAAGAUGACCAAGGAGCUAAGGAAGCCACCAACUGGGAUUGGGACUGAAUCGGGAGAAUCCACUGCAGGAACGUGGAAAUGGUACGACCUCACGGAUGAGGCAAUAGGUGGGAUGCCAUCCAUCCAGCCCCCCAUCCUAAUUGCCUCA